GUAAAAUGGCCGCGUGCAUCUCCGCUACUUCAACACAAGCUUUCUGUUACAAACAAUGCAAAUCAAACAAAUCUAAACACUUCGGAAAGUCCAUGAACAAAACACAACUUUAAUAUGAGUUGUAUGGAGUUGUUCUCCCGUGCUGCUCUGUUUUCGAACGAUGGCCAGACUUUCUUUGAGGAAACUUUUUCUUUUCUUCCUCUGCCUAUCAGCUGUACUUUUUCUUCUGAUUUCUUUGCAGGUGGUGGUGGAGCUGGGUCAGUUUGAAAGAACGGUGCACAAACUACCGCCAAGGGACCUACGUGAGGCUGGACAGCGACAUCAUUCCCAGGGCCUCAGUGUUUUGGCUGGCGAGAAAACAUCCCCAGGGGAGCUGAGGGCACAGUACCCCUACAUCGUGUGGUGGUCCCCACUCACAGGAGAGAAUGGCCGGCUUGGAGAGUGUGGGACAAACAAAUGCUUCUUCACCAUCAACAGGACCUUCUACUCACACCCGUUCACGCAGGCCUUCUUAUUCUACGGUACUGACUUCAACAUUGAGAGUCUGCCACUGCCAAGGCGAGUGCACCACCAGUGGGCACUGUUCCACGAGGAGUCGCCCAAAAACAACUACAAGCUCUUCCAUGAGCCUGCCAUUUCCUUAUUUAAUCACACAGCCACCUUCAGCCAACAUUCCCACCUGCCUCUCACCUCUCAGUUCCUAGAGAACCUGGACGUCCUCACAUCCCAGGCACAUCUCGUCCCCCUCACCCAGAAGAAUAAACUGAGGAAGACUCUAGCCCCGGUAGCGUACAUCCAGUCAGACUGUGACACACCAUCGGACCGGGACACGUAUGUGAGCGAGUUGAUGAAGCACAUCCAGGUCGAUUCCUACGGCCAAUGCCUUCACAACAGAGACCUGCCUCCCCUACUAAGGGACUCAACUGCCAUGGAGGAGCAAGCAUUUUACCAGAUCUUGGCCCAGUACAAGUUCAUCCUGGCCUUUGAGAAUGCUGUCUGCGAUGACUACAUCACAGAGAAGCUAUGGAGGCCUCUGAAACUUGGGGUGGUCCCAGUGUACUAUGGGGCUCCCAACAUUUGGAACUGGCUGCCAAGCAACAGGAGUGCGGUUGUGGUCGUCCCGGAUGAGCCCCCAGAAAAACUGGCUCAGUAUCUUAAGAGGCUAGAUGAGAAUGACUUGGAGUAUUCCACUUACCUGGAGUGGAAGUUAAAGCGGGAGGUCUCCAACCUGAAGUUGAUAAAGGAGCUCAAGGAACGCCCGUGGGGUGUCCAGGAUCUGACACAGGACAACUACCUAGACGUAUUUGAGUGCAUGGUUUGCAACCGGGUAUGGGAAAAUAUCGACAGACGAAAAGAGGGUCUUUUUCCAAAAACUUGGCAAGCAGAGAGAAACCACUUGACAUGUCCACCUCCAAAGACAUUUGACUUUGUUUCAGUUCCUAGCAACCAGACGUCUUUGCAAGGAAUUUGGACUUCAAGUUACGAGCAGUCCAAGAAAGAGGCUAUAGCAUUGCGCCGCUUGGCUGAGAGGAACAGGAAUUUCACAGUCGCACAAUAUUGGAAGGAGGUAUUCCCAGACUAAAACACUACUAUACACAUAGAAAUGACUCUUGCUGUAAUGCAGAAUCAUACUGGUAUCUUAUCCAUAGUUAUCCAUUACUUACUAAAACUCAGAAACACUAUGAAAUGGGAUUUACACAUUAUGCCUUCUGGUGCCCACAAUUAAUACCUAAGCUUUGAUGAAUGUCCAAAAUAUUGUUUACAUUUAAAAAAUGAUACCUAGUUGUAUAACUAUUGUUUGCUGAAGCAUAGUUUUGACUCUGGCAUGAUUUCACAGAAUCUGUGGAAUGUGUUACUGAAACACAUUCCAAAUUCCACAAUUAGUUUGCAAUUUGGUAUCACAAAUUGCUAACCAAACCAUCCUUUAACAAAACCUUCCUUCAGGAGUGUACAACUCUGUAAUCUUUGUGAAGUUUAAAGCAACUAUGUCAAAUAUUUUGUACCAUAAUAUUUUACAGAAAUAAAACUCAUUAACAUUU